AUGCAGAACGGCGGAGGAGAGGCAGCUGCAGCGGAGGUGAACGUAGGGCCGACGAAGAGGAGAGGGCGCCCGAGCGUUAGGCUGCACCAGCCGUAUUACGAGAACCCGGGCCAUCGCAAGCUGCGGCAGCAAUGGAAGGCUAUUAAGGAAGACAAGGGAGGAGCCAGGAAGCCUCGGACUGCCAAGACUGCGCAUGCGAAAAACAAAAAGAAUGAUGGCGUGAGUGACAGUAGUAAAGGUGAAAUGGAGGGCUUGAAUUUUGAUGAUGAUGUAGCGAUUGGGAAUUGGAAGAAUUUCAAUGCCGCUAACAGGGAUAGGGAUUUCAAGAGGAAGAGAGUCAGGCCCUCCAGUUCCAAGAAAUGGGCUUCGAUGAAUUCUCGUGACAAUGAAGAUCCGGAGAUUGAGAAGUUUCCUUUGUCUAGUGGUGGUGAGAGUGGAAAACAAGGGGAAGCGGAGGAAGGAGAAGAAGAAGAGAAUUUGGGUGGGAAUGGGAUCAACAGCAAUUUGGUGGUUGAAAAUUCUGACCCAUCUAGCCCGAAUUGCUCGUUUGGUGAUGAUGACGGUAAUGAUAAUGAUAAUGUAGGUGGGAAUUUGCGAAUGAAGCAGAGGGGUUGGGGGAAUGGUCCUUAUUCGGAUCAAAUGGGAGAUGAGGGGAGGACUGGAGAAGGAGAAAGUUAUAGGGAUAGGGAUGGUGUGAGGGUGUGGUUGAAUGAAUUGGGCUUAGGCAAGUACGCGACCCUGUUUGAGGUUCAUGAGGUGGAUGAUGAGGUUUUACCGUUCUUGACUCUUGAAGAUCUCAAGGAUAUGGGAAUCAAUGCAGUUGGGUCACGCAGGAAAAUGUUUUCCUCCAUUCAGAAGCUCAGUAAAGGUUUUAUGUGA